CGUCCGUUGAACGGCAGGCCUAGAAUGUCUUCGCCAGAGAAGUUGAGAGCAGCAAUUCUCAUCAUAUCGGAUACGGCAUCUAAAGAUGCUUCGACCGACCGAACCGCCUCUGCCCUGCAAUCGGUUUUUACUUCUAGUGGAAAUGAUCAGUGGGUGAUAGCUGAAACCAAGAUCAUUCCUGAUGAUGUACUUGUAAUUCAGAGAUCUGUCAUGGAUUGGACCGAUAACAGUGAAAGCGGUGUCAAUCUUGUGGUGACAAGUGGCGGCACCGGGUUCGCGGUGAAAGAUCUGACGCCAGAGGCAAUUGGGCCGCUUAUACAUAGACAUGCAUCUGGCUUGGUCCAUACAAUGUUGUCAACGUCGCUCGCAGUGACUCCAUUUGCUGCGAUGGCUCGUCCUGUUGCGGGGACCAGAAACCAGACGUUGAUAUUGACAUUGCCCGGGUCUCCGAAAGGUGCAAGGGAGAACCUGGAGGCGGUGAUCAAGCUCCUACCGCACGCUUGCACCCAAGCCGCUGGAGCGGACUCAAGAACUCUCCACGCAGGCGGUGUCAAGAGAUUGGAAAAAGAAGCUAACAUUUCCAGAGCCACAAGUGCCAUUGAAUCUCGUCCACAGUCGCACACACAUGAUCACCAUCAUCAUGACCACAGCCAUGGACACAGGCACAGCCAUGCAGGCCAUGCUAUCCCAAGAGCGCAUACAAGACCAGAAGAUAGGCCACCGCAGUCUAAUGACCCGCUGGCAGGUCCAUCAAGGCGUUAUCGUAAAUCUCCAUUCCCUAUGCUCUCUGUAGACGAAGCCUUGAAGCUCGUCGCGGAGCACACCCCGGCGCCGACUGUCAUCCGGCGUACGGUCAACGAAGAUCUAGUCGGUUAUGUUCUUGCUGCCGACGUUGAAGCUCCCGAAGCUGUUCCCGCAUUUCGAGCAAGCAUUGUAGACGGCUAUGCGAUCCGUAUUCCUUCCAGCGGGACCUUUGAGAAAGGAACUUACCCCGUGUCUAUGGUGUCACAUGCCCAAGCUGUGGACCUCGGCGAGUUGAGUGAAGGACAUAUCGCUCGCAUCACGACGGGUGCGCCGCUGCCGCCUGGCGCAGAUGCUGUCGUCAUGGUGGAAGACACCGUCUUGAAGUCCAUGACAGACGACGGGAUCGAGGAGAAAACAGUCGAAAUCCUCACGUCGGAAGUCAGAAAGGGUGAAAACGUGCGGGAAAUCGGCUCGGAUGUGCAAGCCAAGUCUAUCAUUCUCCGCAAAGGAGAGGGAAUUACAUCUGCAGGCGGCGAGUUGGGGCUUCUUGCUAGUGUUGGUGUCAGCACCGUUGAGGUAUACAAAAAGCCCGUCGUCGCCAUCCUAAGCACGGGUGAUGAGAUCGUGCCGCACAACCAUGCAGGUCCUCUUCGCCUAGGCGAAGUGCGCGACACGAAUCGGCCUACGUUGAUCACCGCUGUGCGAGGAACUGGAUUUGAAGCCCUCGAUAUGGGCAUCGCAUCCGACAAAGCCGGCGCCCUCGAGUCCCUCAUGCGAGACGCGCUUUCCCGCGCGGACGUUCUCAUCACCAGUGGCGGCGUGUCUAUGGGUGAACUCGAUCUCCUCAAGCCGACCAUCGAGCGUGCCCUGGGCGGGACAAUUCAUUUCGGUCGUGUGUCGAUGAAACCGGGAAAGCCAACCACCUUCGCUUCUGUUCCAGUCAAGGACGAGUCUGGAGCUCGCCGUACCAAACUCAUUUUCAGCUUGCCGGGCAAUCCGGCCAGUGCGGUAGUGACGUAUCAUCUCUUUGUCCUGCCGAGUCUGCAUCAGCUUGCGGGCCAGAGACCUGCUGGUCUGCCAAAGGUCAAGGUAACCGUUGAUGAGGAUGUAGUUUGUGACGCGGUAAGGGCAGAGUAUGCCCGAGCCGUCGCCGUGGUUGCUCAGGAUGGGACAAUCCACGCGACGACAACAGGCGGGCAGCGGAGUAGUAGGAUUGGCAGUUUCAAGGGGGCUAAUGCGUUGCUCUGUCUCCCUGUGCAGAAGGAGGUUUUGAAGAAAGGAAGCCGCGUCGACGCAUUACUGAUGGGAAGACUGCAAGCUGAAGUUUAGUUUACGAAGUAACAUUGGGUAUUUGCAUAUAUUAUAUAUACCGAGAGUAUCCGGUGCUUCAUUCAUGAUAUACCAACGGAUCCGCC